GAUCUACAGACCCAUACAGGACAAUCUAGAGCCAGUAAAAUGGUUGAAUGGACAGACUUUGAGCGCGCCACCAUCCAGGACAUCUUCUCCAAGAUGGACUAUGAGGUGGUGGGCCCUGCAGCUCUUAGCAGGUGUCUGAUCGUCUACCCCUGGACUCAGAGGUAUUUCGGCAGCUUUGGAAACCUCUACAACGCCGCUGCUAUCACUGGAAAUCCAAACGUUGCAGCUCACGGGAAAGUUGUCCUCCACGGUCUGGACCGGGCGUUGAAGAACAUGGACAACAUCAAGGCAACCUAUGCCGAGCUGAGUGUGCUGCACUCAGAGAAACUGCACGUGGACCCUGACAAUUUCAAGGUAAUGCUACAAGGAUUAAAUUAG